UUUUUGCAGACAUAUGCGGUGAAAAAUACCUGCUUUUUCGGGUUUUCUUUUCUCAUUUUUCUUGGGUAGGUUCUGUUUUAAUCUCUUUUAAUCAUGUGUGAUGAGAAAGCGUGUCAAAUAAAGGCUGUGAAGAGGCAAAUUGCCCGAAGCAAGGUUGUGGUGUACAGCAAGUCCAAGUGUCCUCACUGUAAAGCUGUGAAGGCCUUGUUCAAGGACUUGGGUGUGGAAUAUGUUGCUAUAGAGCUGGACUCGCUUGGGUCUUUGGGAGACAGCAUUCAAGAUGCACUGCUUGAGCUCACUGGACAAAGCACUGUUCCGAAUGUGUUCAUCAAUGGGAAACAUUAUGGUGGCAACUCGCAGAUUCAGGAGCUGAAGAAGAGUGGAGCUUUGGCUGAUAUUUUGGAUGGAGAUUCAUAUGACCUGAUUGUGGUUGGUGGUGGAACAGCUGGUCUCUCUGCAGCUGUCACAGCCGCAGACCUGGGGGCAAAGGUAGCCCUUGUGGAUUAUGUAGCAGAGUCACCAAAAGGGACCAAAUGGGGUCUUGGAGGUACAUGUAUCAAUGUUGGUUGUGUGCCCAAGAUCCUCAUGCAUCAUGCUGCCAUCUCUGGACAGAAACUUGAAGAUGCUGGGAGAGUUGGAUUUGAGGUCUCAAUUAAAGACCAUUCCUGGCCAGACUUGGUGUCCAAAAUAUCCACCCACAUCAAGCAGCUGAACCAGAAAACGGAGGCGUCCCUCGAAGAAAGAAACAUCGCCUAUUUCAACGCAAGAGCCAAAAUGAAAUCCCGAAACGAAGUGCAAUUAGUAUCGAUGGACGCGAAUAACGACGAAACCCUCACCGUCAUCACUGGCCGCAAGAUCAUCUUGGCCUGCGGGAAACGCCCCAGGAUUCCCAGUGACCUCGUGGGAUCCGACUUGUGCAUCACCAGUGACGACCUGUUUUCUCUGCCCAAACAUCCGGGUCACGUUUUAUGCGUCGGUGGCGGGUACGUGGCACUGGAAACUGCCGGGUUUCUGCGCUCUUUCGGAUCCCGAGUCACUGUUGCCCACACUGGAGACUCGUCGUUUCUAUUGCCGCGAUUCGAUCGUCAGAUGGUCGACGUUGUUGCUGAAAAUUUGCGGCUUUCUGGGAUUCGUUUCGUGUCGGACGGUCAAUUGGUGAAGGUGGAAUCGACGACGACAGACGACGAUCAUCAUCAGUUGAAGGCCCAUGUGCGGAAUUCGUCGUCGGAAGUGCGUGUGCUGAGUGUGGACACGGUUCUCGUGGCGAUUGGCAGGAAAGCGGACGUGAGUGACAUGGAUUUGCACGUGGCCGGUGUUUCGGUGAAUGCCGAUGGCGAGAUUUUAGUGGACGAAUCGGGGAGAACGGGAAAUCCGGACAUUUUCGCGAUUGGUGACGUGGCUGCGGGCACUCCGGACUUGGCGUCGUUUGCUACCCAGUGCGGGAAACGCGUCGCUAAUUUUCUAUUUGCCGAAAAUCCUGACGGGCGUGGGCUGAUGCGGAAUUUCGGGGAUCCUCCGACGGUUGUGUUCACGCCUGCGGAAUUUGCGUCGCUGGGGUUUUCUGAAGAAGCAGCUGUGGCUGAAUUUGGCGCAGACCAGGUUUCUGCGCAUUUUCAGUAUUUCGCGCCGGUUCGGGAGCGAAUCAGUGUCAAGUAUGGUGGACGGAAUUGUGCCAAGGUCGUGUGCAAAAAGGAAAAGUCAGGAGUGGAAAAAGUGGUGGGACUGCAUUUCGUGGGUCCAUUUGCCGGGGAAAUCAUGCAAGGAUUCGUGCUGGCCAUGGAAACCGGUCUUCUAACAAAACAAGCCCUGGACGCCAUGUUGGGGAUCAGUGGGACCAAUGCCCAAGUUUUGACCAAUCUCCAGCUGUCCAAUAAGUGCUAAAUUUCUUGUUUAAUCCUCUGCAUUUUCCUCUCUUCUCAUUCCCAAACAGUGUGUGAAAAAAAAUAAUGAGUGCGUGUGUGAGAGA